AUGGAAACUGAAGAUGGUUGCUCCCAUGUUGUUGAUGAACAAAUAUCUCAGUUAGAUAACUUAGUUGUGCCAAUUGUUGAUGAACACUUAAAACCAAAACUAGGAAUGACUUUCGACAAUUUAGAAGACGCUGAAAAAUUCUACAAAAAUUACGGAAAGGCCGGAGGUUUUGAUAUCCGUAAUAGCACAAUAAAUUAUGGGAAGGAUAGAGAGUUAAUCUGUAAAAGUUAUGUUUGUUCGAAAGAAGGAGUGUUAAAGAGCAAAUCGUUGGAAAUUCGACGAUGUGGUACAAUUAGAACUAAUUAUAAGGCCUUGAUUCGCUUGAAAUUAGACAAAAACAUUGGCAAAUGGAGUGUCUACAAGUUCGUGGAAGAACAUAAUCAUACAAUUACUUCACCGAGUAGAACACAUUUUCUAAGGGGAAACCGUGAGGUAACAAGUGCAAAAAAGACAUUGAUAAAGCAGUUUGGAGAGGUGAACAUUCCAACAAACAAGCAAAUGGCCUACUUUGAAAACGCUAGCAGAGGUUUUCAUAGAGUUGGAUGCAUUGAGACUGAUGUGAGAAAUUAUGAAAGAUAUUUGAGAGAGGAGAGGCGCGGUCAUGAUGCACAAAUGAUGUUGGAUCAUUUCAAGUCGGAACAAGAGAAGAAUCCUUCAUUUUAUUAUGUUUAUGAAGUUGAUGAAGAGAAGCGCCUAACUCAUUGUUUUUGGGUGGAUGGCAUUGCUAGACUGAAUUAUCAAUACUUUGGCGAUGUUGUCUCCUUCGAUGCCACGCAUAACACAAAUCAAUAUGGAUUGGUAUUUGUGCCGUUUGUAGGCAUAAAUCACCAUUGGCAAAGUAUUUUUUUAGGAUGUGGCUUGAUCCCAAAUGAAGAGGCGAAAUCUUUCGUAUGGUUGUUUAACAAAUGGAUUGAAGCAAUGGGUCAUCCUCCUUCGGGCAUGAUUACAGAUCAAUGUCUUGGCAUAUGCAAGGCAAUUGAAACAGUUUUUCCAGAAAUUCGGCACAGGUUUUGUAUUUGGCAUUUGGCAUAUCUUGGACAAAGUCCCGGAGAAGUUGGGUAA